AUUUGGGGCGUAGCUAGGUUAGGCUCGGUACUCGUUGGGUCUUGGUGCUGCAGCCGCCCCGGAACAUGGCGCCGGGACGGUCCUGGCGCUGCUGCCAACGCGGCGUAGGCUGGGUGCCGGUGCUGUUCAUCGCCUUCGUGGUGGCCUGGUCCUACUACGCGUACGUGGUGGAGCUGUGUGUGUUUACUCUUUCUGGAAAUGGAGAAAAUGGAAAGGCGGUUGUUUACCUUGUGGCUUUUCAUCUGUUCUUUGUUAUGUUUGUAUGGUCCUAUUGGAUGACAAUUUUCACCUCUCCUGCUUCCCCCUCCAAAGAGUUCUACUUGUCCAAUUCUGAAAGGGAACAUUAUGAAAAAGAAUUCAGCCAAGAACGACAACAAGAAAUUUUGAGAAGAACAGCCAGGGACUUACCUAUCUAUACCACGUCAGGCUCAAGGACCAUCAGGUAUUGUGAAAGAUGUCAGUUGAUCAAACCUGACCGUGCGCAUCAUUGCUCAGCAUGUGACAUAUGUAUUCUUAAGAUGGAUCAUCACUGUCCUUGGGUGAAUAACUGUGUGGGAUUUUCUAACUACAAAUUCUUCCUGCUGUUUUUAUUGUAUUCCUUAUUAUAUUGCCUUUUUGUGGCUGCAACAGUUUUACAGUACUUUAUAAAAUUUUGGAUGAACGAACUCACAGAUACACGUGCCAAAUUCCAUGUACUGUUUCUUUUCUUUGUGUCAGCAAUGUUCUUCAUCAGUGUCCUGUCACUUUUUAGCUACCACUGCUGGUUGGUUGGGAAAAACAGAACAACAAUAGAAUCAUUUCGUGCACCCACAUUUUCAUAUGGACCUGAUGGAAAUGGUUUCUCUCUUGGAUACAGUAAAAAUUGGAGACAAGUCUUUGGCGAUGAAAAGAAAUACUGGCUACUUCCAGUAUUUUCAAGCUUGGGUGAUGGUUGCAGUUUUCCAACUCGCCUUGUGGGAAUGGAUCCAGAGCAAAUUUCUGUUACAAACCAAAAUGAAUAUGCCAGAAGUAUUGGCUUAAAUCAGCCUUUUCCUAUCAAACCACUUAGUGAAUCAAAAAACCGAUUGCUAGACAGUGAAUCUCAAUGGGCAGAGAAUGGCUCUGAAGAAGGCACUGUCAGAUCAGGGACAAAGAACCAUGUCACAGUGGCAAUAGAAAAUUGAGUACCACAUGGUCAUAACUAACUAACUGAAUAAGGUUUAUAAAAACAUAUUACGGACUGAUAUUUUCAGUAUUGUUUGCAAGAAAAUCAUCAAUGGGAUGAAAUAAUUGAAGUAUAGCAGAAGGUAUAUUUUUUCAAAAGAAAUGUUUGUACAGAUCGCUGGAUCCACAGAAGCGCCACUUUAAGGCAGAGUAGGAAGAUGCCUUAAUCUUAAGUAAUUUCAAUAUUGACUUACAGCUACAAAAGUGACUUAAUUUUAUUUUGCAAAUAACACCUGUUAUGAGAUGUUAUAUUAGAUCACAUGUUAACAUGGCGUAUGUACUUUUUUAUACCUAAGUUGCACUAUAAGAGCUAUUUCUCAGUGUCCAUGUAAAUUGUCACUCCAGAAACACAAGCUAAAAACUUAUCUUAACUGAAGUGCAUCUAGGGCAGUAUGGUGGCUGAAAGUGAAUAAUAAUAUCCAAAUCACUGUUGCUUGUACUAUGUAAGAAAAACAAAAGAACUUUUUAAAAAUUGGGUGUUUGAUAAUUUAUAAUUACUAUUUUAUACUUUUCAACAUUUUUAAUAAAAGUUUUUUAUUGUUGGCUAUACAAUAACAUGAAGAAGGAUUAAGAUGUCUAAAUAUAAUGAUUUAAAACAUGGAGCUCAUUUGAAUAAUUCAUCGAAGGCUUAGUUCUAAGCAUUAAUAUAACAAUGUUGUAUAAUGUGCUCAAAGCUUAAAGGAAACUUGGCAGUAUAAGAAACAUUUUUGUUUCUGUUUUAAAAUUACUUUUUGUUAGAUUUCUAUUAGUAUACAUGCAUGCAAGAAAAAGAUACACGUGUUGUAGAAAUAUUGGACAAAGGAGGAAUAGGUAGAAGUGGCUAGAAGAAAAGUAAAGAAAAAAACAGGCUGUUGUAAGCUGUUAAAAAUAUUUUUAGUCCUAAGGUAUGUAGAAUGCAACAUGUUAUUAAAUUUAUUUUCAAAUUUCAAUUUAGGUAAUGAAAAAUUACUUUGGAACUUUUUACAGUAAUCCUAUAACAACUUAAACAGUGACUUAAAAUGCAGUUUCAACUAGAGUGAAAUUUUAGCAUAAGACUGCUUUCAGGAAAGAAAUUUUACUUGAGUAGUCAUUUGAAAUUUCCAGUCUCCAAAAAGUAGAUUCCACUCUUAAAUGCAAAAAUACUAAGCCUGGAUUCUUGCUGCCUAGACAUGUGCCCUCUUUCCCUUUUGAUAUCCAGUGAAAGUGGCAAGAAUUAUUGUAUUACUUAUAAAGAAAAAUACAGUAUCUUAUAAAUGUUAAUCCUUCUUUAUACUGUUUAGUCAAAUAUACACACACAAACCAAAGUAAUUGAUUGCAUCCAGGAAUGGAUAGAAAUAAAUCUUGUGUGUGUGUUGGCAAUUUUGUGAAUUAUUUGAGAACCUAUUAAGUAUCCAGCACUAUACUGCACGUUUAAAAACAAGUACCACUAAGUCUUUCAAAGAACCACGCAAGAUAAAUACCACAAUCUCCAUUUUACAAGUGAAAGCUAAGGCAAAAAGAUUUUAAGUGUCUUCUCAAAGUCACACAGCAAGUAAACAACAAAGUUUGGCUUCAAAUUCAGAUCAGUGAUCACUAAUUUCAUGCUCUGUUUGAGAUACCACAUUGCUUCCCUGAGAUAGUUUUGAAAUGUAUUUUUAUAGAGUGGGUAAGAUUAAAGAACUCCUUUGCUAGCCAUGUAAGAAAUGUGAGACUGUCUAUUGAUGUCUACUUAACGCUUUGAAGGUAGAGGAGUGAAUGAGAGAGCCUUGGACACCUUUUCACAAUUACAAAAUCCAACUGCAUCACUUUUUAUAGACCCUGAGGAAUUAAAUGACUUGCUAGAUAUGGCGGUUUGACCUAAAGAUGGGAGAAAAGUGGGUAAGAAAAUACAAAGAGCACAAAAAUCUGACAUGCUCUUUCAUGCCUCUGUGUCUUUGCAAAAUGGGUUUUCUGUUUGGAUUUCUCUUCCCCAUCCACCUGGUGACUCAGCUACAACAUCAUGUCCUCUACAAAACUUCCCAUCAUUUUUCUUUUUCUUUAUUUUUAACUUUUUUUAAUCUUUAUUGUAGUUUUUUCCAUUACCAUUUAGUCCCCUUAUACUUCUCUCCACACAGCUGUCACCACACUGUUUUCCAUGUCCAUGAGUUCUUUUUCCUUUUUGCUCAAUCCUUCCACUACCUCACCUCUAGCCCACCACUGUGGGCUGUCAUCCUGCUCUCUAUGAGUCUGUUCCCAUUUUCCUUGUUCAGUUUGUUCAUCAGAUUGCACAUAUGAGUGAAAUCAAAUGGUAUCUUUCUCUGACUGGCUUAUUCAAUUAGCAUAAUGUUCUCCAGGUCCAUUCAUGCUGUUGCAAAAGGUAAAUUUUUCUUCUUUACAGCCAAGUAGUAUUCCAUUGUGUAAAUGUCCCACAGUUGUUUUAUCCACUCAUCUAUUGAUGGACACUUGGGCUGCUUUCAGAUCUUGGCAAUGUAAAGAAUUCUGCAAUGAACAUACAGGUGCUUAUGUUCUUUCGAAUUAGUAUUUUAGGUUCCUUAGGAUGUAAUUCCAGAAGUGGGAUUGCUGGGUCCAAAGGCAGAUCCAUUUUUAGCUUUUUGAGGUAUGUCCAUACUGCUUUCCACAGUGGUUGCACCAGUCUGCAUUCCCUCCAACAGUGCAAAACGGUCCCCCAUUCUCCACAUCCUCGCCAGCACUUGUUGAUUUAUUGAUAAUAGCCAUUCUGACAGGUGUGAGAUGAUAUCUCAUUGUGGUUUUAAUUUGUGUUUCUCUGAUGAUGAGUGACAUUAAACAUCUUUUCAUAUGUCUAUUGGCCAUCUAUAUGUCCUCUUUGGAGAAGUGUCUCUUCAGGUCCUUUGCCAUUUUUUAAAUAAAUUGUUUGUUUGUUUGUUUGUUUGUUUUGGUGUUUUGUAAGUUAAAUUUUGGAUAUUAACCUCUUAUCAGCUGUAUCAGGAAUAUGUUCUCCCAUUCUGUGGGUUGUCUUUUAAUUUUGUUGAUGAUUUCCUUUGCUGUGCAAAAACUUUCUACUUUGAUGUAGUCCCAUUUGUUUUUUUAUUUUCUUUUGUUUCCCUUGCCUGGGGAGAUGUAUCUGAUAAAAUAUUCCUACAAGCAAUAUUAGAUUUUUGCUGCCUGUUUUCUUCUAUGAUUUUUAUGGUUUUGGAUCUAACAUUUAAAUCUUUGAUCCAUUUUGAAUUUAUUUUUGUGUAUAGUGUAAGAAAGUGGUCUGUAUUCAUUUUUCUAUAUGUAUCUGUGCAAUUUCCCCAACACUAUUUAUUGAAUAAAAUUCUUAGCCCAUUGUAUGCACUUGCUUCCUCUGUCAAAUAUUGAUUGUAAAGGUGUAGAUUUAUUUCUGAGCUCUAUAUUCUAUUAUAUUGAUCUCUGUGUUUGUUUUCAUGUCAGUGCCAUGCUGUUUUGAUUACUAUGGCCUUAUACUACAGUUUGAUAUUAGGUAGCAUGAUUCCUCCAACUUUGUUCUUUCUCAGGGUGAUUGUUGCUGUGCAGGGCCUUUUGUGGUUCCAUAUAAAUUUUUGAAACAUUUGUUCCAUUUAAAUUUAAAUACAACAUUGGAAAUACAACAUUGGAAUCUUGAUAGAAAUUUCAUUGAAUCUGUAGACUGCUUUGGAUAGUAUGGACAUUUUAAUGAUGUUAAUUCUUCCUAACCAUGAACAUGUCACGUGCUUCCACAUAUUUGUAUCUUAUUCAGUUUCUUUGUUAGUUCAUUAUUGGCAUAUACAAAUGCAGCUGAUUUCUAGAUGUUAAAUUUGUAUCCUGCUGAAUUCAUUUAUCACUUCUAGUAGUUUCUUGGACUCUCUGGUGUUCUCUAUGUACAGUAUCAUGUCAUCUGCAAAUAAUGCCAGUUUUACGUCUUCCUUUUCAAUAUGGAUGUCUUUUAUUUCUUCUUGUCUGAUUGCCAUGGCUAGGACUCCCAGUACUGUGUUAAAUUAAGAGUGGUGAAAGCAGACAUUCCCAUCUUGAUCUUAAGGGGAACACUUGUAGUUUUUGCCCAUUGAGUAUAAUGCUGGCAGUGGGUUCAUCAUAUAUGGCCUUAUUAUGUUUGGUUAUGUUCCCUGUAAUCCCACUUUGUUGAGAGUUUUUAUUGUAAAUGGGUGCUGGAUUUUAUCAAAUGCUUUUUCUGCAUCUGUUGAUAUGGUCAUGUGGUUUUUAUCCUUUAUUUUAUUAUGUGGUGAAUCACAUUUAUUAAUCUGAAAAUAUUUUACCAACCUUGCAUUCCCGGAAUACAUCCCACAUGAUCAUGGUGUGUGAUCUUUUUGACGCAUUGCUAUAUUUGGUUUGCCACUAUUUUGUUGAGAAUUUUAGCCUCUGGGUUCUCAGGGAUAUUGGCGUGUAAUUUUCUUCCUUUGUAUUGUCUUUAUCUAGUUUUGGAAUUAGGAUAAUGCUGGUCUCAUAAAAUGAGUUUGGGAGCCUCACUCCUCUUGAAUUUUAUGAAAUAGUUUGAGGAGAGGAGUUAGUUCUUGGAAUAUUUGGUAAAAUUCUCCUGUGAAGCCGUCCAGUCCAGGGCUUUUGUUUGUUGAGAGCUUUUUUUAUUACUGCUUCAAUUUCACUAGGUGUGAAAUGUCUGUUCAGAUUCUCUGAUUCUUCCUGAUUUAGUUUUGGAAGUUUGGAAGAUUUUUAUAUUUCUAGGAAUUAAUCCAUUUCAGUUUGUCCAGCUUCUUGGCAUAUAGUUGUUCAUGAUAUUUUCUUAUUAUCCUCUGUAUUUCUUUGGUGUCAGUUGUUAUUGCUCCUCUUUCAUUUCUAAUUUUAUUUAUUUGGGUCCUUUCUCUUUUUUUCCUGAUGAUCUGGUUAAAUGUUUGUCCAUCCUGUUUAUCUUUUCAAAGAAUCAGCCCUUGACUUCAUUGAUCUUUGUAUGUUUUUUCUUAAGACACUAUUUUGUUUAUUUCUUCUCUGAUCUCUAUUGUUUCCUUAUACUCACAUUGGGCUUGUUAGCUGUUCUUUUUCAAGUUCCUUUAGUGUAAAGUUAGAUUGUUUAUUUGAGCUUUUUAAUUUUUUUUGAGAUAGGCCUGCAAUGCUGUGAAUUUCCAUUGGGAUUGCUUUCCCAGUGUUCCACAGAUUUUAGAUUGUUGGGUCCUCAUUUUCAUUUGUUUAUAGGUAUCUUUUGAUUUUUUCCUUGAUCUCAUUGUUGACCCAUUUAUUGUUUAAUAACAUAUUAUUUAGCUUCCACGUCUUUGUGUGUUUUUCAUUGUUCUUUUUGUGAUUGAUUUCUAGUUUCAUAGCAUUAUGGUCAGAGAAGAUACUUGAUUUAUUUGAUUUCAGUCUUCCUAAAUUUAUUGAGACUUGUUUUGUGUCCUAACAUGUGGUCUAUCCUAGAAAACGUUCCAUGUGCAUUUGAAAUGUAUGUAUAUUCUGCUGCUUUGGGAUGAAAUUUUCUGAGGAUAUCAGUAAUCUUCAUUUGAUCCACUGUGUCAUUUAAAGCCACUGCCUCCUUGUUGGAGAGGAGUACGCUACAUGAGAAAGAUGGCUCCUGCAGAUUUUCUGUCUGGAAUGCCUAUCCACUCAAGUCAAUGUGGUGUUAAAAUCCCCAACUGUUGACUGUAUUUCUGUCUGUCAUCAAUAUUUGCUUCACACAUUUAGGUGCUCCUAUAUUGGGUGCAUAAAUGUUUACUGGGGUUUUGUUGGAUGUUCCCUUUGUCAUUAUGUAGUAUCCUUCUUUGUCUCUUACUAUAGCCUUGAUUUUAAAGACUUUUUUGAUGUAAUUACUACUCUCCCAGCUUUUUUUUCCUUUCCAUUUACACAAAGUAUGUUUUUCCAUGCCUUUGAUUGUAUAUAUGAGUCUUCUUUUCUUACCCAUUCAGCUCUGCUAUCUAUGUCUUUGGUUGGAGCAUUUAAGCCAUUUACAUUUAAGGUGAUUGUUGAAAGAUUCGUAUUUAGUGCCAUUUUAUUUUAGAUUUUUCCUCUUUUUUCCUUCUCCUCCUCGCCCUCCUCUGCCUUCUCCCUCUUCUCCCCACCUACUCCCCUGCGGCUCCUAUGCCUUUUUCUUUUCUUCUGGCAAGUCCUGUAAGAUUUGUUGCAGAACUGGUUUGGUGUUAACAAACUCCUUUAGCUUUUUCUUGUCCGGGAAGCUCCUAUUUCUCCUUCAAUUUUAAAUGAUACCCUUGCUGGGUAACGUAGCCUUGGUUGUAUGUCCUUGCUUUUCAUCACCUUGACUAUUUCACAGCACUCCCAUCUGACCUGACAAGUUUCUGUUCAGAAAUCAGAUGACAUUCUAAUUAGUGCUUUCUUGCACUACGUAACUACCUGUUUUUCUUUUGAGGUUUUUAGGAUUCUCUCCUUGUCUUUAAGCCUUAUCAUUUUAAUGAAGAUAUCUUUAUCUUCUUGGUGUAGGCAUUUUACGGGAAUCUCUGAGCUUUUUGGACUUGAGGUUUUUUUUUUUUUUCCUUCACAAGAUUAGUGAAACUUUCUGUUGUUGUUUCUUCAAAUAGGUUCUUGAUCCCUUGUUUCCUCUCUUCUCCUUCUAGUAUUCCCAUGAUGUGGAUGUUGGUAUGCUUCAUGCUACCCAAAAUGUUUCUUAAGCUCUCCUCAUUUUUUCAAAUUCUUUUUUCAUUUUGCUGCUGUGCCUGGGUGUUUUUUUUUUCCUACCUUGUCUUUCAGAUCACUAAUUCGAUCCUCUGCUUCAUCUAACCUACUGUUUAUUCUUUCCAGUUUAUUAUUUAUUUCAGAUACUGCUUUAUUUCUGGUGUUUUUUUAUGGUCUCUAUGUCUUUUUUUAUGCUGUUGUGUAUCCUAAUAAUAUUACUCUAAAUUUUCUGAAAUUACUUGCCUCCAUCUCAUCUAGUUUUUCUUCUGGAAAAUUCCCUUGUUCUUUUAUUUGGGGUCUGCUUCUUUCCAUUUUGGCUGCUUCUUUGUAUUUUCUGUUUUAGUUGUUAGACUGAUUAGUGAUAUAGCCCCAAGCUGUAAUCAGCAGCCUGGAUUAAGCCCUACAGGGUGAAGCAGAGUAAUUCUUAUGGAUGGGGCUAUUUCUUCUCCUCAUGCUGUUGCCAUUUGGAGAAGAGUACUCUCUACCUGAGAAAGAUGGCUCCUGCAGUAUGAGGAAUGACUCAGCACAGGAAUCCUGGCAGCUCUUCCUUCACUUCUCUCCCCAGAGCCAGGAACCCCAGAAUCUCUUCAAGUGUCUCUAGUCAACUCUUUCCUCAGCCAGAGCCCAGGGUAAAUGGCUGCAAACAAAACUUUUUGUGUUGGCCCUUUAAUAGGCUCUCUGCAUCUCCAGCCAUCUCACCCUGGCAAACAGAAACCCUGCUGCUUUUCACAGAUGCUUAUUUUCUGGGUUCCUUUCCAGUUCUGGUGCUGAAGGCUGGGUAGCCCAGCUUGGGUUUUAGACACCACAUUUCUCGGUGGGAACACACCCACCCCUUUACUAUUUCUCCAGAACUUCAGCUACCACCUAUGGGAGCCUAGCCAGCCUUCUUGUGCCUCCUCCAUACCCCGUUCCAUUUUUGUUAGUGAAGUAGUUUCUUCUGUGUGUCCUUGGUUAUAAGACUUCUCUUCAGCUAGUGUUCAGUUGGUUAUUCAGGAUGAUUUCUCUACAAUUUAGUUGUAAUUCCAGAUUGAUACUGGAAGAAGGUUAGUGUAUCUUCCACUUACUCCUCUGCCAUUUUGAAUCUCACUAAAAAUAAAUCUUAGCCAGCAUCUAUAAUAUAGAUAAUCUAGAGAUAUUGUUUUCUUAUCUAUAACAUCGGAUUUAGGGGAGGGGAUGUUACCAAUGAGUUGGACUGGGUGACCCCUCACAUUGUUAGAUUUCUGAUUUUACAACUAACCUUACUUUUUAUUUAUCCAACAAAUAAUUUUGGUAAUACUUUCAGUAUGUCAAACAGUAUACUAGGCAUAGCUCUAUAAUUUCCUAAUGUCACAAAUUUUAUAGUCAACUAUUCCACGUUUAUAAUGUAUAGGAUUUGUCUAAUUCCACUGUCUAAUACUAGCAUUAGAUUUUAAAAGAAUACAACUUUUUCCUUUUGAAUGUGCUAGCUUUAAAAAUAUAAUCUGGGAUCCUAUAAUAUAACAUGAAUUCUUCCACCUUUAUUUCAAGUCUUAAUAAUACUGAUUCUAGGAAACUUUUAAAUAAUGAGAGCUAAGGGAUAUCAAUUACCAACCAAAAUCAUCACUUCAUUUUGACAUUUGCAUAUUAUGAGGAAAUAGUAAAUGUUUUAAACUACUUUCAGAAAUUACCUGGCACUUUUUAUGAGUAUUUCUACAUUUAGAUCAAAGGAUUUGCAUGUACUUGAUUAACAAGUGAGGAAACAAUUUUCAUUUUUUACAUAUUCAGGUACUUUUGUAGUAAUGUAGUUUUUCUCAGUUCUUUUCAGUUCUGUUAUUUAACAUCUUUAAUAGCAUAGUAAACACCUUUUCAGACAUUUUCAUUUAAAACUUUUUACUUUAUUUUUGGUUUAAUUCAUGGCCAACAUUUUGCCACAUUCUGAAUAAUAUUUGGCUGAGUUUAUUCAUACACAUUAAUGACCCUUCAGUAGGGGUGUACAGGUACAAUAUGGUAUCAGGGAAUGACUGCCUUUUUGAUAUUUCAUCUGCUAUUCAUUAGUGCUGUCACUCUUUAGGUUGAAAUGUCAAAAUGAAGCCCUGUGAAAACUAAUUAAUAUUGCUUUAUUGCUCUUCAAAAUAUUUGAACAAAUAUGAUAUUUAAGGAAAAUUAGGUUGAAUUUCAGAUCUUGCCAUUGCCAUUAAAAAAAAUGUAGACAGACUUGGUUUUACCUGGGUGUACAAACUUACUCAGUCCCUGAGGCACCUGACCAGUAUUACUUUGCCAAACCAAAGAGCAGCUGCAGUAAAGCAGUUAUGAAAAAGGAACAUGUUUACAGAGCUUAGUUUCGUCUUUACGUAUGGAUGAUUUAAAAAAUCAUUUUACAUAUUUAAUGGUUAUGAUUCAAUGUGUCAUAAAUUAAUAUGACUACAAGAUUAAUUUAAAUCAAAUACACAAUGUUUACUUGAAUUUUAUUUCUAUUAGAAAGCAGAGUUUGACUUUGUUUACAGGAAUGUUUAAAGAUUAUCAGACAUUCAGUAAACUAAAGCAAAUGUAUGUCAAGUGGUUGGUGUUAGUAUCUGCAUAUCUGGGGCACUGAACAGAAAGUGAAAAUAUGUUUAGCUUCCAUUUUGUUCUAGGAUUACCACUGUUAUCAAUGGAAAGUACUUUUAAUCUGUUAUGAAGAAAUCAAUCAUUUAUGCAUUUCAGCCAACAAACCAUAUCUAAUAUGUAAGACAUAGGUAAUAUAUAAACCUGAAAUCCACGUAUUUCAUGUAAUCUGAACUAUAUUUUCAAAUUUAAAUUUAAAAUGCAGUAUAGAUCCAGAAAGGUCCAUAUUUUUCUAAAGUAUUCAUUUUGUAUUAUGUUGUUGGCUUGCAUAAAGCAGCAAGAAUUGUACUGAGUUGGCCAAAAAGGUUUUUUUUCCAUAAAAUGGCUCUAAUAGCACAUAGUUGUCUUUAACUUCAUUUGAAACAGUUUUGUUAGAUUAUAUUAAGAAAGCUGUAAUAUCAGCAGGCAUUUAAAAAGUUGGUGAAUUUUUGUGUAGCCAUUUUAAUAUUAAAGAUAGAGGAAAAUAUCAACAUUUUCAGCAUAUUAUGCUUUAUUAUUUCAAGAAAGGUAAAAACAUAACUGAAAUGCCAAAAGAGAUACAUGCAGUUUAUGGAAAAGGUGCUGUGACUAAUUGAACCUGUCAGAAACGGUUUGCAAAGUUUUUUGCUGGGUAUUUCUUGCUGGACAAUGCUCCACAGUUGGGGAGACCAGUUGAAGUUGACAUGGAUCAAAUCGAGACAUUGACAGCAGCAAUGUUAUACCACAUGGGAAAUAUCCAACAUACUUAAAAUAACCAAAUCAAUAAAGUUAACUGGUGAAAAUGAAAAAUGUGUCUUUUAUUUUAUGGAAAAAAAAAAACAGGUGCUUUUUGGCCAACCCAAUAUUUCUAUUAAAAGUUUGAGAAAGCAGGUAGUCAAGUUUGUUAUAUUUGUACAUGAUUGCAGAUAAGUCUGUACCCAUUUAAAAGAAAAGAUGGACACUUUUAAAGUGAACUUUAAUGUUUUUAUAUAAAUAUUUGAAAUAA